AUGUCGAAUCUCCCCGAGAACAUCCUUAUUGGCAUGUGCAACCCAUUGUUGGACAUCCAGACGACCGUCGAGAAGGCAUUCCUUGACAAAUGGGGUCUCAAAGAGAAUGACGCGAUUCUGUGCGACGACAAGCAUAUUGAAAUGUUCGCCGAGCUCGUUAAAAACUAUCCAGUCGAGUACAUUCCCGGAGGAGCCGCGCAAAACUCACUUCGUGUCUGCCAAUGGAUCCUCAAUGCGCCAAACCGCACCGUUUUCUUCGGAGCCGUCGGAAAGGACAGCUACGGAGAGCAAUUGGCCGCGAAAGCCAAGGGAGCCGGUGUCAAUGUUCGCUACCAAAUCAACGAGACCGUUAAAACCGGAACAUGCGCUGCUUUGAUUAACGGAACUCACCGGUCUCUUUGCGCUCACUUGGCCGCCGCAAACACCUUCACUCAAGAUCACUUGAAGACUGAGGAGAACCUCAAGCUCAUCGAAAACGCCAAAUUCUUCUAUGUGACGGGUUUCUUCAUCACCGUGUGCCCGCCAGCCAUCAUGCAGCUCGCUCAACAUAGCAGCGAAUUCAACAAGACUUUCUGCCUCAAUCUUUCAGCUCCAUUCAUCUCGCAAUUCUUCUACAAUCCGUUGUCCGAAAUCCUUCCAUAUGUCGAUGUGUUGUUCGGAAAUGAAGAUGAGGCUGAAGCCUUCUCGAAGGCUGCUGGAUUCGAAACGUCUAGCGUCAAGGAAAUCGCACUCAAGGCCGCCGCUCUUCCGAAGAAGUCGUCAAAGAAACGAUUGGUGGUGUUCACUCAAGGACCAGAACCAGUGAUCGUUGUCGAGGGUGACAAGUUGACUGAGUACCCAGUAGUCAGACUCGGGAAGGACGAAAUUGUCGAUACCAAUGGAGCCGGAGACGCGUUCGUCGGCGGAUUCCUCGCUCAGUUCAUCCAAGGAAAGAGCGUCGAAGAGGCGAUCAAAUGCGGAAGCUACGCAGCUCGCGAGGUCAUCAAGAAGAACGGAUGCACGGUUCCGGAAACUUGCGAAUACCAUUAG